AUGGACCAAAACGGAAGCGGUUGGAAGGUCCAUAGUGAAAUCCAAACCGAUAUCGUCACUCUCACUAGAUAUCUUACGGAAACCCAACAUGCGCUAGGUUUAACAGCAACGGGAGAUUUCACACUCCUAUGCCACGCUCUACAAUUCUCCUUCAAGAGCAUUUCCUACUACAUCCGGAGGGCAACAUUGAUUAACCUUGUGGGUUUGGCCGGUUCGGAAAACAAGACCGGAGACGAGCAGAAGAAACUCGACGUCAUCGGAAAUGAAAUAUUCGUCAACAGUAUGAGGAGUUCCGGGAAAGUGAAGGUCCUUGUUUCCGAAGAAGAGGAGCAAGCCCUGGUUUUCCAGGGCUCCGGCAAGUAUGCUGUUGUCUGUGAUCCAAUUGAUGGGUCCUCAAAUCUUGAUGCUGGUGUCUCGGUGGGCACCAUCUUUGGGAUUUUCAAAUUGGAUGACCACGCCGAAGGCCAUGCCGAUGAUGUUCUCUUACCGGGAACAGAGCUGGUUGCCGCUGGGUUUACCAUGUAUGGCGCGUCCGCAAACUUGGUUCUCACCAUGAAGGGGGGUAGUGUCAAUGGUUUCACGUUAGACAACGCCCUUGGAGAGUUCAUCCUCACCCAUCCGAACAUGAGAAUGCCUGAGACACGAUCGAUCUACUCUGUGAACGAAGGGAAUAGUCUUUAUUGGGACGAAGCUUGCAAGAAAUACUUUGAUAGUAUCAAAUAUCCUACCGAGAAGGGUGCUAAGCCCUAUUCGUCCCGGUAUAUCGGCUCCAUGGUUGCCGACGCUUAUCGGACUCUGUGCUAUGGUGGAAUGUUUGCAUACCCCGCCGACAAGAAGAGCCCGAAGGGCAAGUUGAGAAUUUUGUACGAAUGUGCUCCAAUGGCAAUGGUGAUGGAAAAUGCUGGUGGGCAAGCUGUUGACAGUAACAUGAAAAGAAUGCUUGAAGUGGUCCCAACCCAUAUUCAUGACAGAUCUGGGAUAUUCAUGGGCUCUUAUGGGGAGAUUGAAAAGGUCAAAGCUAUCUUUUCGAAAUCCUGA